GGCUGCUGGGCUCGGGAUGACGCCACCUCUCGCUCCGCCCCGGCGCAAACUCGCUCUUUGCGUUCAUUUCAUUCCUCUUCUCAUUCCGAGCAUUCUUCGCAUCUCCGUCAGUGCGCGAUUCACCUACACCUUCCUGGCUGGCCCAGAAACACCAGAAUAACUUGACAUAGUAUUAAAAAAAAUACCCCAUAACAUCCCAUUUGUCAAAAAAGGGGACAUUUUUUUAUAUGAGAUAUCAAUAACGAGUUGGCUCAGCCGGCGGGAGUUGUUGAAGAUUUCACUGGAGCAUUUUCGGACCACCUCGAAGAAGAAAACACGGUGGAGAGACUUGUUGCUUCAACACGUUUUGACCGUGCUUUUUUAAUCGCCAUCGAAGUUUUGUGUCUCUCCCUAGUCUGCUCCAGGCUUCAGCUUGGAGAGCCCAACCGCCACGAUUGAUCCCAGCAGCUGGAGCGGCAGCGAGAGCCCUGCCGAGGACAUGGAGAGGAUGAGCGACUCGGCAGACAAGCCCAUGGACAAUGAUGCCGAGGGGGUGUGGAGCCCUGAUAUUGAACAGAGCUUCCAGGAGGCCCUGGCCAUCUAUCCUCCUUGUGGACGCAGGAAGAUCAUCCUCUCUGAUGAGGGAAAGAUGUAUGGUCGAAAUGAACUGAUAGCCAGAUACAUCAAGCUUCGGACCGGGAAGACGAGGACUCGGAAGCAGGUGUCUAGUCACAUACAGGUCUUAGCAAGAAAGAAAGUUCGAGAAAUCCAAGCUGCCAUUAAGGUGUCUAGUCACAUUCAGGUUCUUGCCAGAAGGAAAUCUCGUGAGUUUCAUUCCAAGCUAAAGGUUACAAGCAUGGACCAAGCCGUGAAGGACAAAGCCCUCCAGAGCAUGGCCUCCAUGUCCUCGGCUCAGAUCGUCUCUGCCACGGCUAUUCACAACAAGCUGGGCCUGCCAGGCAUCCCGCGCCCAGCCUUCCCUGGAGCAGGGUUAUGGCAGGGUAUGAUAUCGGCUGGUCAGCCAGGAUCCUCACAAGAUAUUAAGCCUUUCACCCAGCAAGCCUAUCCCAUUCAGCCAGUCACAACAGCCAUUUCAAGUUACGAGCCCACAGCAGCUCCAGCUCCCACAGCACCAGCAUGGCAGGGACGCUCCAUCGGUACAUCUAAACUCCGACUUGUGGAGUUCUCUGCCUUUCUAGAGCAACAGAGAGACCCAGACUCAUACAACAAGCACCUAUUUGUACAUAUCGGACAGACAAAUCAUUCCUACAGUGACGCCCUGCUGGAGUCGGUGGACAUUCGUCAGAUUUAUGACAAAUUCCCAGAAAAGAAAGGAGGACUGAAGGAGCUGUAUGGAAAAGGUCCCCAGAAUUCCUUCUUCCUUAUAAAAUUCUGGGCUGACUUGAACUGCAACAUUCAAGAUGAUACCGGAUCUUUCUACGGAGUCACGAGUCAGUACGAGAGCUCGGAGAACAUGACCAUUACGUGUUCAACAAAGGUCUGCUCCUUUGGCAAGCAGGUGGUCGAGAAAGUUGAGACUGAAUAUGCACGGUUUGAGAAUGGACGCUUUGUCUACCGCAUAAGCCGGUCUCCCAUGUGUGAAUACAUGAUCAACUUCAUCCAUAAACUAAAACAUCUGCCAGAGAAAUAUAUGAUGAACAGUGUACUGGAGAACUUCACUAUCUUAUUGGUUGUGACGAAUAGGGACACCCAGGAGACACUGCUAUGUAUGGCGUGUGUGUUUGAAGUUUCAAACAGUGAGCACGGCGCCCAGCAUCAUAUCUACAGACUGGUAAAGGAAUGAGAGGCUCCGAGCUUCCCCUUCCGCUAAUACCCCCCGUCCCCUUUUCAUGGACUUACCAACCUCAAGACAAGUGGCAGUGCCUCUACCUGAAAGUCACACCUACAAUGCUUUUUGGUCAUGGUAUCGGGUGAAGUCAGUUGUUAUAAAUUAGUUUUAAUAUAAUGUGUUUGUUAUUUGACUGCAGCUGUGAAUUGCGGUACAGUUUUAUGUUUGAAAUAUGUUGAGUUGGUCUCUGUUGGGUAUAAAUGUGGCCGUUUUUAAAGAAUUUACUAGAUUAAUUUGGUAAAUGGAAUAAUGUGUCGUCCUCUUCUGCUUUGUUAUGUAGACUAAGAAAAAAAAGGAUGCUGGCCUUUUCUUUCAGCUGCCUGAUGUGGUCUGUGUAAUAUGUUUGAGUGUGUUUGGUGUGUCUGUGGUUCAUAAUUUGUGAGCGUACAUACUGUAGAUAUACAGACAUGCACCCCCAGCCAAUAGAUUUCCCAAAGAAACUAAACUAACACUACAUAGACAGUUGUGGAUAUGAAUAUUGCAGAAAUACUGCUAUUUCUUUAAAGAAAACUCAGCUUUCAGUGGUAUAUGUACUGUAUCCCUGUUGAAGCACUCCAAGUCUUUGACACUAACAACAGAAUGCACUGUGAAAAUACUACAAACAUUUUGCCUGCAUCUGCUCCAUAAAUGUAGGAAGUCUUACCACCCGCUAAGCAUUUUGCUGCUGCAAACAUGUCUUUUUUUUUUCUGUGACAACUGAUUGGAGGAUUUUUAGGUUUUAGACAUGGGAAAGUAUUACGAAAACUACUCAAACCAGAACUCUCAUCUUGUCCAAAUGCACUUUUUUUCCCCCUUCCUAGACUUCCCUUAGUAAUAGUUUUUUUUUUUUCUGUUAGAUCUGUGGUUUUAGAACAACACUUAUAAAUAAUCACAACACUAUAGAUCACGUGUAGAAAGCAGGCUUUGUUCAGUACACUGUGGUUUUGCCCCCGAAAGAUUUAAAAUUUCGUUCCCCUCUGGGAUCUCGGUGUAAAAACUUCAAACCAGAGUGGUGCUGCCUUCCCGUUCACACUACGUUCACAUGUUUCUGUGGCCUACGCCGAUCCCGAGCCUUAAACAUGUUAUAGCCGUGAGAACUCCAAAAGAUGCCACUUAAACUGUGAUCUCUACGUGGGAGGACUCUUUAUAUGUUGUGUAAGAAAUUCACAAUACUAUCUGCCAAAGUGUAGAUGUACAGUGCCUUAGAAUACACUAACAUUACCCGUUGCUUUGUUUUAAGUCUAAAAUCAGUUCUGUGGAUCAAAUGGGCAAAAAUAACUUAUCACUAUGUUACUUGGUACAUCUUCACAUCUGAGAAAUUGUUUCUUAUAAUUGGUACACUCUAGGAAAUAGUUUUUUUUGUUGUCAAAAGCAGUACGCUUAUGUUAAAUUAAGUUUGCAAAUGUAAGCUCAGAAACCGUUAUAACACAUGUUGUAUUUUUCUCUAACACUGUAAUUAUGUUCCUAAAAUAUCAGCCUUUUUUCUAGAGUGUACUAUAAACACAGACUGACUGCCUUUCCUGUCUUAAAAGACCAAAAAUACAGAGAUACAGUCAAUCUUUUGUCCUGUCCUGCAUGGUAGCAAGGAAGUGCCUUUGGUUUAAAAUUUACAGCUUCAAAAAGAUCAACCAGAAAUUAAAAAUGAAAUGUUGCUAGACCAAAAAUGAGACAUAAGUGAAACCAAUCACCACAUUGCCUUUUUAAAGGAUUGUAAUGACAGCACGAGGAAAGCUGGUUACCGUUAAUAUAAAGAAAUGAUGCAUUUGAAGAAACACGUAUUUCUUUGCUUGAGGUCAAAGACUGAAAGACCUGCUGAUAACGUACAGCCGCUGACUGCAUGCAGGAUGUCAACUCGUAUGAACACCGCAGCUGUUUGCUUCAUGCACACUUGCAGGUUCAAGUGUUUUUAAAAAAAAACGCUCCAGACCACACGCUCACAUGAUGUGAAAACCACAGAAAAAUACCACAAUGUGACCUUUGAUGACGCAGACACAGCUGUGAUGUCGACGAGGGACCGACACAAGCUUUUAUAAUUUAUCUUUCAGAAUUUAAAAGUGAAAGUUUAUUUAAUGGUGAUUCUACACUACUAAUUCUAAAAUAUCUUGUAAUGUGGUUGAAUUUUUUUUUUCCAAAACCUGUUUGAGACGCUGUUUCAGAAACUAAUUUUUCACAACCGCUAGUGUGGACGAGGCCGUCAAGGUUAAUACUUUUCACCGUAAGGACCAUAGCUACUCAAACAUUUACUGUUUCUUACAAAACAUUAUAAUCAUCUAAAGUAUUUUAAUAGAAGAAGCUCUAAAUAAUUGCAGACAAUGUCUCUGGUAGAUGCAGAAAAAGUUCAAUCAUUCAGUAUUUUGCCACAGUCCUGUGGACACUGUAUAGUUUAAUAGGCUUUUCCCCCUUAUGUUUACCCUGUGUAUCUGUUCACAUUUAUGGAUUACUUAGGAAGAUGUUUUGUUAUUGUACUUGUAUACAGUUGUACUUGGUUUUGUGAUGACAUUAUCUGUAUAUUGCAAACCCAAUAAGAUGGUAAUGAUGUUGCUGCUGCACUGCUGGUACAUUUUGACAUGUCGUUUCAACACUAAAACAGCAGGACUGAUGCCUUCGAUGGCACGAAUGUUUGGUGGAUCAUUUGAAAGGAAAAUGGACACAUUAAAAAGAAAUCUGCGAAGUCGAGGAAUCAUGCUACAAACAUAUCAGCAGUUUAGCUCUUGUUAUUUGUAAUUCUGUCAAGUAGGUACUGGUACCUUUUUGUUUUGUGACCAUUUUCAGAUGGUGGCUUUAAAGUGAUUUUUCACAUAGCUCACAUAUAUAGUUGUCAUACACACAUUUAGGUUUUGUGUGCAGACUUGUUUUUUUGUAAAAAGGUGCUUUGUACAAAAUGAUAUAUCUUAGCUUUUCUUGGUACAGAUGUGUGAUAUCUUUUCGUAUCCAUGACAGUAAAGUGUUGGGAGCAAAGGAGAAAAGAAGCUCUGCUAUGUUUCUGUGUUCUGCAUAUGGUCUUGUCUUUGCUCUGUAACAAUAUGAUGCCUUCUUGAUAAUAGUAGAUAUUUUAUAGCUUUCUAGAUACUUUGUAUGUAUGCAAUAUUGAAGUUAAAUAAAUCCGAAAAUAUAUAGCC